AUGGAGAAGAUGUCCUUAACUUCAGCACCCAGCAUCAAUUGGAGCACAUGGGUUAAGCCUCUAGACACCCUCCCCCACGACCCAAACCCUUAUCGCCGGUCCUGGUGCGAGGGAGAUUCCAAUGCCUAUGACGCAUUCUGGAAAGCACGACACCCUUGGGAUCUUGUGGAUUACCACCUCUAUCUGAUUGCGAUCGAAAGAAAGUCUCGGAACUGGGAAUUGCGGAUGUCAGGUAGCUGGUUGAUCGAAAGCGAUGGGUCCCGAUGGGAGAACUUUGGAUACGCCAUCGACUCUGAUGAUCGUGACUGUCAGACUGGAUGGAGAGAUCCUGUUGUGAUAUUUGCUUCACUUCCCAUUCCACAUGCGACCGGUUGUCCGGACCGUAGAAUCGUUCUGGGCGUCAACCUUCGCACACAUUGCCUUGUCGGCUAUUUAUUUGAGUCUGCACCUGAGAGCAUCGCCGAGCUGGUAUCGGUAUGGAAUCAUAGAGAGCUCAUUAUUGAUCUGGAAUUCAAAAGAUUCAUCCAAAUUGUCAAGCACAGUAUCGAUGAGAACCGGAAUAUUCUGACGAACGGCAUUUUCAACUACUUCCGCGAAAGCAACCGACACCUGCACGGUGGUAUGGACGCGGUCGUCACCAUCAAAUACAUUCAAUUCCUCCGUGAUGCUAUCAGUGGUGCGAAUCUCAGUGCCCCCUCUAGUGUGGGAGCAGAACCAUCCAACUUGUUUGAUAUGGAGGAGCAUCUUCGCGACCUUCUAUGCCGAGGAUCAGCCCGUGCCUGGAUAAGCUCGCACAGGGGAGUUACAACGGAGGAUAUUCGGAAAAGCAUACUGGCAAAGACUUCAAACUCUGAUAUUUUCAGCGAUCAACUGUUUCCACCUGAUAUUGUUAACGAUGAGAAGAAAGCAGGGCGUAACUCGUGGACCCCCAUGGAGCCGGAUACCUCGGUGCUGAUGCGGUGUGAGGUGGACCUGCCUCGGAUAGGACUGACUUCGUUGAAGAAUAUCAGGCAAUCGACAUCCGACAUGGUUAUUUUGUUGGGAAUCUUUGGUAUCGAGUGCUCGAGCCUUGCUAAGGAUGAGGAGGAUUGUGAGGUUGCGCCGUGGGUUGAGAGGAUGAUCCAAAGACGUGGUGAUCAGCAGCGAGGUUUGCUCAAUGAAAAAUGGUGA